CAAAACUGAACGAAGGCAGCGCAUUAAACAGCUGUUAAACCUAACGAAACGAUACGAAGCGCAAGAGGAUUCUUGCUAUUGCUCAUUAUUUGUUUGCCACAUCAGAAAUUUGGCAGCCGUUAAAAAUACAACAAAAGCAAACGUGAAGCGCAAGCAGUACAUGAAUUGCUGAAGUAGUUGUUGUCGUCGUCGUCGACGUUGGAGGUCAACAGCAGACAACAACAACAACAACAACAGCAGCAGCAGCAAGAGCAGCAUCAAUCAAGGAGCACAGCUGGCAAGAUGACCAUAUCGGACAAAUACAGCUAUCAGCGCACAGUUCUGUGCCUGGCGCGUGUAUUGGCUGGAAUACGACCCACACCAUGGGAAAAGGUACAAACGCUGUUCCGGUACUGCCCACAAGAGAACGCCUCCGGCGUAUUCUGUCUGGACGCACGUGCUCAAGAUGCGGUCAUUGCACUGGGCAUUUACUUUCUGGAAGGCGGCUGCCAGCAUGAGUCACAAAUCGUACCUUAUCUGCUGCGGCUGGCCAAGAGUUUGCCCAAGGCGCGCAUCAGCGAUGAGCGCAGCAGCAAAUUCGAACGUGUUCGCAUACCCGCAGCAGAGAAGUUUAGCUUCUGCCUGAACACAUUGCUCAGCGAUAUUGCAGCCAAGUGUCCAGAGUCACGCGAGGAGAUUAUACUGAAUCAAGUGGAAACGCUGGGCACGCUGGCGAAUAUAGUGAAGCCCAGCAAGGAUAACAAUUCCACGCCCAUUGUGCUGUGCAAUGUAACAGUGCCGCUGCUCUUUGGUCUGGCGCGCUCGAUGGGUCGCUAUGCCAGCAAUGAUCCGCCGCUGCUGUGCCGCAUAUUUCCGCCCGAACUGCUGCCGCUGCAGCGCGACAAUUCGCGCAAUGCCUCAAGCAGCGCCUAUGGCAGCUCCUUCAGCAGCAGCGAGCGUCUAACCAAUACACAAUUUCGUCCCAUCAUACCGCGCUCCAUGUCCGGCAGCUUGGCGCAUCAUCAGGAGGACUCACGCACGCGCUCCUUUGGCAGCAAACAGAAGCCCUCGCUGCAAAGCUACUUCUCCGUGCCGUACGAUCCGCGCACACACUUCUUUACGCGCUACGGCUCCAGCUUCAAUCAGUUCCCACACAUGCGCGUCAAUCUAUGCGAAUCGCCCAGCAAGGGAGACGCCAAGCCGCUCUAUCGCGUGCCGCCGUUUCCCAUACAGCAUUUGCAAACUAUUUUCGCCGUGUCCAAGAAGCUGCUCACCAAGGACACGCUCGACUAUCUGGAUGAGCUGGGAUGCGAUGUCUUCUCGCGUCAUUUGAACAAUGGCAAUUGCUACAAGAGCUUCUCGGAGAUGCUGAAUCUGGUGCUGGUCACGCUGCUGCGCGAACUGCUGCAGCAUCAGGUGGAUCUGCCCACGCCCUUCACCAAGGAUGUGCAGGAGUUUGUCAAGCGACUCUUCCUCAAUGGCCAAACGGAGCUGCAGAACAAGCAGCAGGAUCAGGAGCGCGAGCGGCGCGAGGAGAACGGCAUCGCCUGCAUUAAUAAAUACAAGAUUAAUGUGAUGGCCAAUGCUGCCUGCGUGGAUCUGCUGGUCUGGGCUAUACGCGAUGAGACAGAGGCCGACAAGCUAUGCGGACGCCUGUCCCAGAAGCUGAACCUGGUGCUGAGCCACAAGAUUGUCAUGGAUCAUAUGCCACUGCUGAUGGUCUGCCUGGAGGGCCUGGGCAAGCUGGCGCAGAAGUUUCCCAAUAUUGCCGGCACUUCCAUAUCCUAUUUGCGCGAUUUUCUAGUCGAUCCUAGUCCCAUUUUGGGUAAACUACAUGCCCAUGCCAUGCAAACGUUGGCACUGCAGAAAAAGGAGAAGGAACUGACGCCAUUCAAGAUCGUGGUGCAGCACACAGACUCACGAGCUGUCGUCGAUAUUUUCGGCGAUAAUCAGAAGCAAGCCACCACCGGACGUAGCGGACAUGCAGCCUUUGAGGCACUACGCGAUGCAGCGAUUGAGAAUCUAUCGAUUGCUCUGCGUGCGGCGCACACUUUGGAUCAGUUCUGUGUCCCGGCGCUGGUGGCCAAUGUAUCCAAUCGCUUGUUCACCGCGGAGAAGCAUGAGAGUGAAUCGACACUCGUCAGCUUGAACAUAAUUGUCAUGCUGGGUCAUGUGGCUGUGGCAUUGAAGGACACUUCGAAGACGACGCAGAACAUAUUGCAGUUCUUUAUUCAACGCUUCUGCAAGGUGCCCUCCGAACAGAAUGCUCUGAUUGUGGAUCAGCUGGGCUGCAUGAUAAUCUCGCAAUGCGAGACGCACAUCUUUGAUGAGAUCAUGAAAAUGUUCUCGCGGGUGACUGUGCAGUCGGCCUCGUUGGCUUACACCUCCGAUCCGGAGCAUCGCAAGCAGUUCCAUCACAUCUCGGAUGCAGUGGUGAAUGCGUUGGGCAACAUCGCAGCCAACAUACAAGGCGAUGCGGAAAUGCUGGAGCUGCUGGGCAAGCUGCUGGAGCUGUUUGUGCAAAUCGGACUCGAUGGCGAGCGGUCCUAUGACAAUACGCCGGGCGCCCAGAAGGCCAGCUCACGUGCCGGCAAUCUGGGCAUGCUCAUACCGGUCAUAGCGGUGCUGAUGCGUCGUCUGCCGCCCAUUAAGAAUCCACGCCAGCGGCUGCACAAGCUGUUCAAGGACUUCUGGACCUACUGCGUCGUCAUGGGCUUCACCAAUGCGCGCUUGUGGCCCGCCGAUUGGUAUCAGGGCGUGCAGCAGAUUGCGGCCAAGUCGCCCCUGCUCAUCUCCCAGACCGCUCACAAGUCGGACAUGCGGGAGCUCAACUAUACGCUGGCGAUCAAGAGUGAUUCGGUCAAUGAGCUGCGCAGUCAGAUUCUUGUGCUGCUCGAGCAUUCCUCCGACAAUGUGGCCACCUCCAUAAAUAAAUUAACGAAUGCCCAGUGCACUUAUCUGCUGAGCGUCUAUUGGCUGGAAAUGUUGCGCGUCGAGAAUGCGGAGGAGCCGAGCUUGGAGCCCAUCAUGAGCUAUCUCUGCGAUACGGCGCUCCAAAAGGACAAGACGGGUAUCUGGCAGUGCGUCAAAUGCGUGGCGGAUCAGGUGUUUGAAAAGUUUCGGAAUGUGCUGUACACACAGGACGAGAUACGAGAGAAGGUGCUGGAAUCGCAGGCGACGUUACUCCUAGUCUAUUUUAAUCAUAUACACAAGCAGAUCCAGCUGGUGGCGGAUCAGUACUUGUCCCAGCUGGUGGAUCGCUUUCCCCACUUGCUGUGGAAUCGUCGCGUGCUGUGGUGCAUGCUGGACAUACUGCAGCUGCUGGCCUACUCGCUGUCGCUCGAUCCGAACGAGGAGACGCCAACGCUGCGUGUAGUAUCGACGCCGUAUACGCUGCAGCUGAUGGACUCGCUGCCGGCGCGUGAGCUGCGGCUGAAGGACUUCGCCGAUCGUUGUCAGGGCAUUGUGAACGAGGCAAUGAAGUGGGCGCCACGCUCGACGCGCUCCCAUCUGCAGGAGUAUCCCAAUCAGAUACCCACGCCGGUGCUGGCGCAUCACAGCGGACUGGCGCUGGCGUUCGACUCGGUGGUGAACAGCAGCAUUCUGCAGCCAGGACAAACGCUGAGCACGCUGAGCAAGCGGCCGAGCUGCGUCAACUCGGAUACGCCGCGUUUCGUCAGCGUCCUCUGCCUGCGCAGCAAAUACGCGGGCGAGAUUAGCGGCCUGCUGAGCGUGCUGAGCGAACAGGACAAGACGGGACUGGCGGAUCGUUUGGUCAAGGAUGUGUGGGGCGCCUGUGCGGAGAAGAGCGAUGCGCGACAUCGUGGCGCACUCUGGCGUGCCACCGCCUAUUUGAUUAUAUGCGCUGAAAUUGAUCGCAAGCUGCUGCAUGCGGUGGCGUCGUCGCAGCUGGAGCUGUUCACCGAGUCGGCCAUGGAGACCGCGGUGGAGUGCUGGCAAUGGGUGCUGACGGCGCGGCAGGAUCUGGAGCUGUGCUUCAUACAGGAAAUGGUAAGCGCCUGGCAGACGACGUACGAGAAGCGCAUGGGGCUGUUUGCCUGGGAGUCGGAGAUUACGCAUCCGCUGGCUGCCUAUGAGGGCUGCAAGCUGCUCAGCCGACCCAUACUCAUUACGCCGCAUCUGAUCUGGCUGCAGUUGCUCUCGGAAAUGGUGGACACGGCCAAGUACUGCAAUCGGGACAAGGUGGAAAUGUUUUGCCUGCUGCUGCAUCGCUGUCUGCCCAUUCUGAAGUCCAGUCGGCAGAAUCGUCAGGUCUGCACCGUCGGCUGUCGCUUCAAGCUGCUGCAGUGCGGCUUGUCCCUGCUGCAGGGCAACACUAUACCUAAAUCCUUGGCGCGCAAUAUCCUGCGUGAGCGCAUCUAUAGCAAUGCGCUGGAUUAUUUCUGCGGUCCGCCCACCUGUCCCAAUCAGAGUCGCGAGCAGCUGCUGGAGGAUAUAUUGAUACUGCUCAAGUUCUGGCAAACUAUGCGCAGCGAGAAGAAGCAUUUGGUUACCUCCGAAGUGGGUGACUAUGACAUCAGCAGCAAUACGAUGAGUUCCACGCAAAUGCUCGCGGUGCGGCAUAAUCCGGAGACGGCUUCGCUCAUCAGCGGCGGUCCGGAGUAUACGCGCUCGAUGAGCGCCACCGGCAAUGCCAGCAGCUCCGGCUGGUACAACACCAUACCACAUUCCACUUCCACGCUCUCCAAGCGCAGCAAUCGUAGCAAGCGGCUGCAGUACCAGAAGGACUCCUACGACAAGGAUUACAUGAAAAAGCGUAAUCUGAUCCUAGAGCUGCUUGCCGUCGAGCUGGAGUUUCUGAUUACCUGGUACAAUCCGAACAGCUUGCCGGAUCUAAUCAUUCCGGGCGAGGAGCAAAUCACCGAGUGGCGUCAACGUCCGUAUAAACCAAAUGUGUGGCGGGAUUACGCGCGUCUGGCUUGGUGCUAUAAUCCCGCUUUGGCUGUCUUCCUGCCGCAGCGCAUUAAGAACGCCGAGUCCAUUGAUGAGGAAGUGUCGCGUUUGGUCUGCUCCGAUCCCAUUGCUGUCUGCCAUAUACCGGAGGCGUUGAAGUAUUUGUGCACCACCAAGAAUCUGCUGCAGGAGAGUCCGGAUCUGGUGUACAUACUCUCCUGGUCCGCGGUGACGCCCAUUCAAGCCUUGAGCUACUUCUCGCGCCAAUAUCCAUCGCAUCCGCUUACCGCGCAGUAUGCCGUCAAAUCCUUGAGCUCCUAUCCGGCGGAGUCCGUGCUGCCGUAUAUUCCCCAGCUCGUCCAGGCCUUGAGGCACGACACCAUGGGCUAUGUCGUCGAGUUCAUCAAGAACAUCUCCAAGCGCUCCCAAAUCGUGGCCCAUCAGCUCAUCUGGAAUAUGCAGACGAACAUGUACAUGGAUGAGGAUCAACAGCAUCGUGACCCGAAUUUGUAUGAAGCUCUCGACUCGUUGUCCCAGAACAUCAUUGGCUCCUUCUCGGGCGCCGCCAAGCGCUUCUAUGAGCGCGAAUUUGAUUUCUUUGGCAAAAUCACCGCCGUCUCCGGUGAGAUUCGCGCCUUCCCCAAGGGCAUUGAGCGCAAGAACGCCUGCCUGGCCGCUCUGAGUCGCAUCAAAGUGCAGUCCGGCUGCUAUCUGCCCUCCAAUCCGGAGGCCAUGGUCCUCGACAUUGAAUACAGCAGUGGCACGCCCAUGCAGAGUGCCGCCAAGGCUCCCUACUUGGCCCGCUUCCGUGUCUAUCGCUGUGGCAUCAACGAGCUCGAGACGCGUGCCAUGGAGGUCUCCAAUAAUCCGGGCGUCAGUGUAGAAAGUGGAGAUGUGGCCGAGAUUGACGCAAUCACCGAGGAAGCGAACAAGACGAGAGUCGCUUAG